GCUUGUUUUUCCCCACACUACGGGUCUUAUUGCUCACACGUCCUCCCUUUAAGAGACAGCAGGUAUUACUUGUGCCCAAGUAUUGUGGGAGGUAUGACAUGGGCGUGUGUGUGUGUGGCCAGGUAAUGUAUAGAGAAAGAAGGAAGGGCACAGGAGAGCAAGAGGAUGGCACCGUUUUCCCCUGCCUCCAAAAGUAACGGUACAGCCCGGAUGAAAAUGAUGGUUGCUGCUCCUGCUCUUUCCAACAGUCAAGGGUGGGUGAACGUUCCCAGCGACUGCACCACGUAUAAACUUUUCUGAAUGCAUAGUACAAUUUCUGCGUCUCAUCAGUUUCACGUUAGAGUCGACUCCGUGAGUGUGUGUGGGCGAUAUUUUUUUAAUGAAGGCUUUCCACGGUUGCCUGUUCUCGUGUAUGUGUGUGCGAUCAAUUCGUACGUUUGAUCAGUUAGUUUAUUAUUUAAAGUCUCAGUCGUUGGCUUCUGGGAGCUCCUUGCACUUUUAUCAACGCAAAUCCCAGUGCCUAGUCAUCCCAACUCCCCUCGCUCGCUCGCUCACACACGUAUAAAUCUGUCUCCUCCCGUCCCUGUGUCACUCCCUAGCGCUCUGUUUCAAUACAUUUCCACCCGAGCCAGACGAGACAAAAAAGAAAGAGAAAGAAAAAGCGAAACUGUGAGCAGUGGACGCACGAAAUACUGUUAGUCUUCCACCUGUUGUGUGAGGGGCUAGGCGGACGGCGGUGGGCGCGAGGAGGGCGAGAUAGAAGGCCGAUCAGGGCACUUCCUUGCAUCAGCUGCCCUUACAAGUAGUUCAAGACCGUGCCAAGUGGCUGGUGGUGCGGGACAGUGGUGGAGAAAGAGGGAGAGAGAAGAGGAGAAGGGCGAGGGCACCAGAUAACAUAUGUGGGGAUGCCCGACCCAUUCAUUCACUAACCCAUCCAUCUUCCCUCAUCACACUCCCUACAGCCUCCGCCCACCCUGCAGAACACUUGUUGCACGCCACAUGUGUACGUGUAUUUGUGUGCGUGUGUGUGCGUGUGCGUCUGUGUACUUUUUUUUUUCAACAAGAGUUCGACCACGAUGAACGCCUUCCUGAAAGCACCGUUCAGGGGAGAGGGGAGCUGUGCCUGUCUGGUGCCUGGCUGGGGGUCCUGCCUGCGACCGAGAGGGAAAAGCACCAGACGAAAACGAAUGAUAAUUUUGCUGCGUGGAGUGAAAGCAGCCAGUUGCACCUGUCUCGCCCACACACGCCACCCUUCCCCAGUCGUACCUGAGCUGAGCAGGUGUACAAGCGUGUCUCCCCCUCUCUGCUCCUGCUCAUGUCCUCUCCUCCAUCCACCGCUACCGCUGCUCGCGUCAUGGCCAGUGAACAAGACAACCGAACAUACGUGUUUACAUCCAGAAAAAGAGAAAGAAAAAGGAGGAUGAACGAAAAAGAAGGGGAAAAUUAUGGUGGUGUAUUUACAGUGCAAUUUAGAUUGAUUGGAUAGUGCAGGGAGAGAAAAAAAAAGUAUUGAGACAAGGAUUAUUUCUGUUUUUACGUGAUUGCUGGAAAAGGCUGCAGCCAACUGUGCAGAAAAUAAAUCUCGCGAAGAUGUAAAAAGAAAAAAAAUACAAAAGGAAUAUACUCUCAUCAGAUAAAAGAUAAACUGACCGGCCACGAAAGAUAGCGGACGAUGGAGAAGAUUGGAAGAUGGGCGAGGAGAAUCUGCGGGAGAAAGUGGAGGUCAUGAUUACGAGACGCGGAGAGAGAGAGAGAGAGAGAGAGAGAGAGAGAGAGAGAGAGAGAGAGAGAGAGAGAGAGAGAGAGAGAGAGAGAGAGAGAGGAAUGAAGAAAAACGCAAUCUUGGCACGGAGAGAUUAAAAAAAAAAAACGUCAUGCAAUAAACCUAAUUAAAGGAAUAUACAAAGAUUAAAUAUGUUAAGUCACAAAUGUGUGAACAGAGUACCGACAAAAGGAGAAGGGGAAAAGUAAUGAAAAACUCGCAAUAAUAACGAAGAAUAGCAUAAAGGGAAAGAAAAUUAUACUUCAUUCUCCAUCCCCACUGCCCCCAGCAUCCGUGACGAGACUGCAGAUUAAAGAUAAAGAUAGACACAAAGAAAAGAAUGAGGAGGAGGAAGAGAAGAAAAGAGGAAUGUACUCGCGCCUUCCCCUCUCAUGUGCCCACUCAAACAUGAAAAACAGGCAUGAAAAAACAGGCAUUAGAAUACGGCUAGAAAGUGAAAGAUAAGAAAAGAACGGAAAAAGAAAGAGAGAAAAAAAAAAAAACGCUCGCAUGUCGCCAUAGGACCCCACUGUCAUCUGCUUAUAUUCCUUCAAACUUCCCAAGAUAAAGAAAAGGAAUAAGACUACAACUGAAAAGAAUGAAAAGAAUAAAAAGAGGAAGGAAAAGCACUACUUAUGUAACCCUCCUGCCCAACCUCACCAAGACCCACUCAGAUUUACCAAAAUGAAGAAAUAAAAAAAAAAAAAAAAGAGAGAGACAGGAGCCGAAAGGAAGUAUAGGGAGGAGGAAGAGAGGACCGAGAAACACAAUGUUGCCCUUCCUCCCGCCCACCCCCAUCUCCAGCUAUUCAAAGUUGGCGGGUGUUCCCAUACGAGGCUGAGGCCGUGACGUCAGGCCGCAGUCAAAACAUUAAAGAUGGCGAACCUGGCGAGUGGUGGAGUGUACCAGCAAAUGGUGGUGCCCGCGCCCUACCACUUCCACCAGCCACAGCCACAGCCCAUGCCCACCGUGACGCAGGAACCUGAGCCCAAGAAGGAACCCAAGAAGCGUAAAAAACCAGCAGAGAAGGCAAAUGGCGAGAAGAAGAAGCCGCGUAUCAUUGGGCAGACCGCUUAUAUGGCUGGGCUCAGACUGGAGCUGGGAUCAGGAGACGGCGGGGAAUGCUCCAGGUGUAACAAGAAAAAGUGUUUCAAGCAUGCAGACGGCAAAAACAAAAACCAACUCUCCCAAAAAGACUCCAGAGGACACAGUGCUACAGAUGAAGAAGCACAUGCUCAAGCUGCUGUCCAUGCAUGACUACACAGUGUUCUGCAAGACUGACCAGAAAAACGGACAGGUGGAUGUUGAUAUUUCCAAGAUGCACCGUUCCUACCUGGAAGAACACGAACCUCAGGCCUUUGAGCCACCCCCUUCCAAUGAUCCAAAUAGAGAAUACAAACCUAAAGUCAAGCAGUGGCUGUACAGAAAAAUAUACUUAGAUGAGUUCAAGAGCUUUGAGUAUGCAGAAUGUAAGCGUAAGAUUGGUGACCUUAGACGAAGCAUAGACAGUGUGAUGAUGCAAAAGAAAAAGAAAGCACCCAAGCCCAAGCCUCCUGCCCCUUCUCCACAGCACCAGGUGAUGCCGCAGGACUACAGCAUGAAUAGCCAUAGCCCCAACACUCCCGGACCCACUGACAUGAGCAGAACAGCCAUGCCAGUUCCUCCAGGUACCAUCAUUGCCACCACCCCUCACACCCCAGCUAGCAGCACAGCCACAGGAGGCUAUCAGCCUAACUUAAUGAACCUUGGUGUGGAGACUACCACCACUCCUGUGUCCUCCAUGGCUGCUAUGGGAGCCACCUCCACAUUGCACAACUCCCUUGCCACCUAUAUGACUCAGCAGGUGCAGCCCAACUUGCUAUUUGGUCUGGGGCAGCAGCAGCAGCCACCCCCUGCACAGCAGCAGCCUCUUAACCUUCAGACCUCCCAUCAAGGUCAGCCCACCAUGCAAGCUCCCCCCCACCAGGCCCCAGGUAGUGCAGCACCCCCAACAGCAGCACCUCCUUUACCCCUCAACCUUCACAAUCCAUACUAUGUGUCACUUGGACCCAUGCUCCCCUUGCCCAUGUCCACACCACAACAUAAUCACCAGCAGCAGUUUCAGCAGAACAUGUUGCAGCAACAGCAGGGUAUUCCCGGAGGUUUUAACCAGCACACCAUGUAUCAGUGAGGCAGGGCGGUCCCUGGCCCCACCCACUACCACCCGUCCCCUGUGCCAGCACAACACCAGAACCAGUAUUGUCCACACUCGCGCUACCAGCACUCCUGGUCCACUUCAGGUCCUGUCGCACCCACCAACACAGUGGCUCCGGCAAGACAGGUCAGCUUCCCCCCAGCCUAUGCCUCCUCUCAGUCCCACCAGUGUUACAUCCCCAACUCCGUGCCUCAGGUGGCAUCCUCCCAAAACUUUACCUAUGUACCAUCCUCAGAGCAGGGCACCUCCCUCCCUCAGCCAGUCUAUCAGAAUGUAAGCAGUAACAACUCCCCUCAGGCUAACUGCACCUCAGAUAAUCAAAAGGUGUCCCUUGCCUCUGCCACACUUCCUUCUUCCCUGGGUAUCCCAGGUCCCUCAGGAAACUUCUCAAAGCCUGAGCCUCCACUUCCUGCCCCACAGCAAACCAUAAUUGUUGUGCCAACUUCAGUGGCUCUACAGAAUAACUAUAUCAUCAAGAACCUCCAGUCCACCCCACAGCCUUCUAUCUCCCAUGGCUUUGUGUCCCCACAAGUAGUGGUGGACAAAAGCCCCCCAGCCCCUUCUCCCCUCACUACCCAGGCUGGAACUGACCCAAAGGGUAAAAUAAUCUACUUACCCUCAUAGUAAAAUACAUAGUACACAUAACUAGACCAACGUUCAGGUACAUAACAGUACAGUAUGCAGUAUUCUCCAAUAGUAGGUGUAUACUCAUGUAUUUUAUUACGUAAAAAGUAAGUAAUAACACUCUUUAAUGAGUGCGGUGUGUGGUACAGAGGACAGUGGCUGAACAUUUUUUCAUCCCAUCAGUUUUGUGGGACUAAGGGGCCGACGUAUAUUAACCUUCUCACAUAGUUCCCAGUCAGUGCUUGUGCAGCAACAGCAACAGAUGACAAGGCAUGAGACUACUUUGUCCUGUCAGGCUUUGUCAGACAAGGACCAUGAAACACCACAAGCCUUAUGGGCUGACUGUCAUAUUUUUCAGCUAUUGUAAAUAAUAUUGAAAAUAAUUACAUAUGUUAUAGUUGACAAGUUC